AUCGAAGUUUGAAUUUAUCGAAGUUUCACAGUGAUGGCGAAUAAGAUGCCGUUGGGCGUUUUGAAGCUACCGGCAGCUGCCUCCGAUGGCGUCAGGCGACAGGUUCCUGCACUUGAUAUACAUUGGAUAACACGGGAUAAGCCCUUCACCAACUACAUAUGCAUGCUAAGCUCCUAUGGUAGUUACAAGAGUGGCGCCGCCUUGGAGGAGUGGCAGCAUGUGGCCACCAGUUGUCUACAGGAUUUCGAAUUCCUACUUCAUCUGAGUCAUCACGAAUUCUGGUCAUAUAUGGUGUAUCACAAGUCGGCAAUGGGUGCUGUUGUCACAUUCCUGCAACGGGCCAAUCCCUACUACAGAGUGGACAUGGAUGCAUCUGCGAGUAGCGAGCUAAUCAAUGCCAAGUUGCUCUACGGCCAACUGUUGAAUCACGUGGUACGCCUGAUAAUGCGUCUGCUCACUGAGAUGGAGUCGGAUACGGAAUGGAUAGCGCCGGAGCAUCACAGCUCGUUGUUAUAUACAAACUAUUUAAUAUCAGUCCCGCUACUCUGUGAUCUGGUUAUUGCUGUGGGCGAUGCGGAUGAGCAGAACUUAAAGGUGUUGGAACAGAUCUUUAUGACGGUCAUGCACAUUCAGCCAAAUUACAUGAAUGAUUUUAAGGAAGGAUUGGCAUUCUAUGACAAUGCCUUUCUCAGCAUGCAGAUUCAAGUGGAGAACGAGGGCUGUGAAGGUGCCGGCGGUGGUGCACUGCUUGAUCCCGAUGCCGAUACACCAUAUGAUGAUGUUGUCCUAUUCGCUUUGGACUGUGCCUAUACCCUGCGCCUAUUCCUUCAGCUUUGCCCCUCGCUCCUGUCCGCCUGCGAACAACUGAAACUUGUGCAGAGCAUUGCCAACUUCUAUGAUCUGACCAUUCCGAUGCUAUAUAGAAAUAUAUUUAUGAUCAACGCCAAGGCGAGUUCACUGCUUUGGCUAAACGAGGCGCGACAGCAGUUCCUCAACGUUGUGCGUAGUAUAACCAGAGCACAGCUGGACUCUCGACGUGGACAGGAGCUGGUGGAACUGCUGCAGGAGUGCCUCUCAGCACAGACCUUUGUGGUGGACUAUCAACGCCAGUAUCCAGUGGAGCACGAUAUUAAUGUGCUACUGCAGAGUUGUCCCAAUAUCAAACACUACAAGGUGGACUUUGUGAUAGCUGGCUACCAGAAAGCGCUUAGCUCCUGCACCAGCGGUGUCAUCGCGGAUGAACUGGUCAGCAGUCUGAACUCGGAUGACGAGCUGGAGAGUGUUUCACAAGCGGCCGUGCUGCCAACCGUCGCCACAGUUGAAACUGGCAGUAAUCGUGAUCUUGAUCUGGAGGCUACCGCCGUUUUGGAUGUAUUGCCGGAUUUGGGUACAGGAUUCAUUCGACGGGUGCUGACACGCUAUGAUAAUAGUGAGCAGGCGAUAGCGGCCAUACUUGAUGAGAACCUACCGCCUGAUCUUAUUCAUAUGGAUCGACAGGAGGUAUUCAUUCCAGCCGACCCGCAGGACAAAUUACAGCGUCAAACCGGUGUGCGUCAUUUCAAUGUGCACGAUGGCGAUCGCUACGAUGUCCUCACCCAAGACAAUCCGCAGUGCAUAAUCAAGCAGGGCAAGGGACUACCCGGUGCACCUCGCAAUGCUGAGCAGCUCCUGGACGACAAGCGUGAUAUUGGUCAAUUGAAGCAGCGCUAUCAGCAAUAUGCCUUGGUGGAGGAAACACCCGAUGAGGCUGGCGGAGCGGAAUACGACGACGAGUAUGACGAUAGCUAUGAGGCGAUAAAUGACGGACAGGCGCCACCGGUUAGUUUGCUCCGUGCUAAACUGCAACAGGCAUCGGCAACCAGUAGCGCUUAUGAGGCACAGGAUGCAUCGGACGAUGACCGGGAUGACGAUGACGGGCCGGACAGUGAUCAGGAGCGUAAUGCCAAUGGAAACUCCAAGCGUACCGACUUCUGUGAGAAUCCGGAGGUGGUACGUGCCCGCUAUCAACAACGGCAAAUGGCCAAGUACGGUCAGCGGGCACAGAACGAUGUGGUGGGUGCACCCAAGGGUCAAGGUCAAACACAACAAACCACUCGCAAUCGUGGCCAAAAGGAGGCACACAAAUCAUCGCGGGCCAAUCACAAUCGCAAAGCGGGAGCUGCCUUCAAGCGCAGCAAGGGCAUGUUGUCCUAAACUAAAUUAUUAUCUGAUCGAUCCAUUAAAUCUGAAUAUUAAGUACUUUCUGUAUAUCUGUCGUCAAAUAAAACUGCUAAGAUCAGGGAACGCAAUGACUAUA